AGUAAAUUCCUCAUCUACGCCUGUCUGCUGCUGUUCUCUGUGCUGCUGGCCCUUCGUCUGGAUGGCAUCAUUCAGUGGAGCUACUGGGCUGUCUUUGCUCCCAUAUGGCUGUGGAAGCUAAUGGUCAUUGUCGGAGCCUCCGUCGGAACUGGAGUCUGGGCACGCAACCCCCAGUAUCGAGCAGAAGGAGAAACGUGUGUGGAGUUCAAAGCCAUGCUGAUCGCCGUGGGCAUCCACCUGCUGCUGCUGAUGUUCGAAGUCCUGGUCUGUGACAGGAUCGAGAGGGGGGGCCACUUCUGGCUCCUGGUCUUCAUGCCGCUCUUCUUCGUGUCGCCGGUGUCUGUUGCCGCCUGUGUCUGGGGCUUUCGACACGACCGGUCCCUUGAGCUAGAAAUCCUGUGUUCUGUCAACAUUCUGCAGUUUAUAUUCAUCGCCUUAAGACUGGACAAGAUCAUCCACUGGCCCUGGCUUGUCGUGUGCGUGCCCCUGUGGAUCCUCAUGUCCUUCCUGUGCCUGGUGGUCCUGUACUACAUCGUGUGGUCUGUGCUGUUCCUGCGCUCCAUGGACGUGAUUGCAGAACAGCGGAGGACGCACAUCACCAUGGCGCUGAGCUGGAUGACCAUCGUUGUGCCUCUCCUGACUUUUGAGAUCCUGCUGGUUCACAAGCUGGACGGCCACAACGCCUUCUCGUGUGUCCCCAUUUUUGUCCCCCUCUGGCUGUCCUUGAUCACGCUGAUGGCAACCACGUUUGGACAGAAGGGAGGAAAUCACUGGUGGUUUGGGAUUCGCAAGGACUUCUGCCAGUUUCUCCUGGAAAUCUUCCCAUUUUUGAGAGAAUAUGGGAACAUCUCCUACGACCUCCAUCAUGAAGACAGUGAGGAAAGUGAAGACACCCCUGUUCCAGAGCCUCCUAAAAUUGCCCCCAUGUUCCGAAAGAAGACCAGGGUCGUCGUCACCCAGAGUCCUGGAAAGUAUGUCCUCCCACCUCCCAAACUGAACAUCGAGAUGCCGGAUUAGAGACCACGUCCUGGACAGCCCUGGCGGGCCGGCUUUCCUCCCGCCCUGCCCUGCCUCAUGCUCGCCCACCCAGAAGCGGCCCUGAGCCUGAGCUGGCUCCAGGCACCCCAUCUCAUGCCUUGUUUGCACUCAAUGCCUAGUGGGGACUCACCCCCAAGGACAGACCACUGGGGGGCCAUGGUGGGCGGUGGCCACGCAUGAGGAAGACAGCGGGAAGUGCCAGCAGGAAAAGCCUCUCCCUGAGGCCAGGCUUCGCAGUGGCCAGGCACAGGAACCAGAGGACGGCCACGCACUGUGCGUCCCAGCACCCAGCUUCAUACCCACCACGUCUGUUCUGGGACUCAGUGAUGACGGGGGGCCAGCCUGGCACGGGGCUGUUCUGGGUGAUCGGAGGAACUCACCGCUCAGGCCCUAGGGGCUCCCCUUUCAAUCUGGGUGGUUCCACGGGGCUGGCCACUGACAGCACUUUCCAGGAUCCUUGGCCAGACCGUGCGGGGGUGACUCGUGCCUGUACAGUAUUUAUACGACUCUUUUAGCAUUGUAAUAUAGUGUGUUCCCUCCUGGUUCCAUACGGCCUCUUCUGUGGGCCUGCGUUUUCACCAGCUGGCACUGGGGAUAGCUCGUCUGUGGCCGAGGGCCCAGCUGGCACUCCUUCCCCACCCCCACACCCCCUGCAUGGGACGUGGCCUGUCCCCCUUGAAUUUCUGCACACACCUGGAAGCUGCUACCGCUCGCGCAGCUGUGACCUUCAGAGGGUUUGGUCCUUGACAUACAGGAACACUGGCUGUGCCAGAAAACACUACAGCAGGGUAGAGGAUGCCGGAUAGAGUGGCUGAGGCCAGAAACGGCCAGAGGUGGCUUGUGUAGACAGCUAGACGUUUGUCCAGACCCAUUGAGGUCUCAGGUGGGGUCCACACUGAACUGGGUCAGCCACACCCCCAGAGCUGCUGGUACAGCCCGGAACCCAACAGCUCCAUGGCAGAUCCACAGGACAGGGGGUACCUCCUGACACUUGCAGCUGCUUUGAGUGCAGGGAUGGGAGCAUCUGCUUCCUCACCAAGGAGAAGAACCUGGCCAGGCCUGCAGCAGCCACACGAGGCAGAGUGGGGAGAGGGCAGUGGUUUGGACAUGGGGAAUGGUGUUACCUGGCCUUGGUGUGGUGGAGCUCCAGACACACCCCUUCUCCCUGUAGCUGUUCGAUGAAGCAGGCUGUCGCUGUCCAAGGCAUGGACAGUCAGCUUUCCCGGUGCAGGAGCAGGUGUGGCUCUCAGCCUGGGGAGGCCUGCUGUUGCCCUGGGCGAAGCGUGCAGGGCAGGGGUGCCCCUAAACAACUGCAGCAGAAGCCUGUCAUGGGGCAGCGGAACACUGGGGUCCCAGAGUUUCUCCUGUGGCCUGAGGACCCACAGCAGCUGCUGGUCCGGCCUGGUGACCUGACUGGCUUUUCAGCUUUUCAUACCAUCUCGCCCUGAAGUCUGCCCUUCAGUGGUCCCUGGGCGAAGCCCACUCACGUCCACAGCUCAGUGUUGCUUCCCUUUCAAUAAAAUGCCGUGAGUCCCGGCCACCGCCCUGGCGUGUCUGCCUUGCUGUGCGCACCACUCCG